AAGUGAAACUAGGCAUGCAGAAAAAAGAUUGAACGGCUGGAAUUUGCAUUUUCAUUUUUAGUCACACCUCACCAUGAGGGACUAUGGGCGCCGCCGAGGCUUGAACAUGGGCGUGGCACAGCUUCUUUACCUUCUGGUACUUGGCACACCUUUGAGCCACGCCUUCAACUCCUACUAUCCACAAAGACGAUCCUAUUCGCCCUAUCACGUUGAAUCUGAAAGCUUCAGCCGAUCCUCUGUGGAAUCUCCACCCAAUAUUAUAGAAGAUACCGCUCCUGUGACUCGUCCCAUCCAGACCUAUCAACAAGAUUUGACCAGCAUCUCAGUGAACGAUCCCGAGAGCUUCAGUCGAGGAGCAGUGGAAGCAUCAAUAAGGAAUCCUCAACAGGUUCAAGAAGAGCAACCUAAAUAUGAUUUCUUCGGAGCUGCUCAACACCUCGACACUAAGCCCAAAUUCAGUUUUUAUGGAGCGGCUCAGUACUUGAACAAUCAACCCCAAGGGUACUUUGGCAAUCGAAAGUACGAGGAAGAAGAUGAGCAAGAGGAGGAUCAGCUGGCAUCGUCCCAAGGGGACUUUUACCCGGCCCGUUCAGCCGUGGAAAGCUAUCCCCGUGGAGUUACACGAGGAGCUCCCGUUGAUGGAGAGUCAUCCGAGACUGGAGAAGAUUCGUCGGCCUUCAAGAUCAUCUGUUAUUAUGGCUCGUGGUCAAUUUACCGACCCGAACCUAUGAACAUAAAAGUGUCCGACAUUGAUCCGUUCGCCUGCUCUCACUUGAUCUACAGUUUCGCCGGCUUGGAUAAUCAAACAUGGGAGAUCACAUCCCUCGAUCCCGAGCAAGAUAUCGUCAAAGGAAAUUACUUGGCCGCUUCGGUUUUGAAGAAAACGAACCCUAACCUCCGGGUUAUGAUCGCCAUUGGCGGCUGGAACGAAGGGGGUCUGAGGUACUCGCAAAUGGCCGCAGAUCCUGAGCGGCGAGAGAUCUUUGUCAAUUCCGUGAUUAAGUUCUUGGAUCAGCAUAAUUUUGACGGCAUUGAUUUGGAUUGGGAGUAUCCCGGAGCCACUGAUCGUGGCGGCACUUAUGCCGACAAGAAAAACUUUGCUGAUUUGGUGAAUGAAUUGUCUGCUGUGUUGAGACCCCGUGGUCUCCUGCUCUCAGCUGCUGUUUCAGCCGCCAAGUUUCGAAUUGACGAAGGGUACGAUGUUCCCGCAAUUUCCAAGAAGCUGGACUUUAUUAACGUCAUGACUUACGACCUUCAUGGCUUCUGGGACAACAAAGCUGACCAUCAUGCUCUUCUGAAGGAGAGGGAAAACGAGGACUGGGCGGGCAAAAGUUUGAACACGGAUCACGCUAUUCAACACUGGAUUAAAAAAGGAGCGCCCGCCGAGAAAGUCAUUUUAGGUAUUCCCUUCUAUGGUCGUAGCUUCACAUUGGCCGACAAGAACGAUAAUAAACCCGGAGCCGCCACUAUUGCGGGUGGAACCCCCGGCGUGUUCACUAAUGAAACCGGAUUCCUAGCCUAUUACGAGAUCUGCUAUGGAUUAAAUGGCGAUGAUGGUUGGCAAUCCCACGAGGAUAGAGGCGGCAACCCCUACGCCGUGAAAGGCAAUCAAUGGGUGGGAUAUGAUAAUCCUCAAUCCAUUGGAAAGAAGAUGGAUUAUGUGAAGAAGCACAAACUGGGAGGGGCCAUGGUUUGGGCCAUUGAUCUCGACGACGUCUUUGGCGUAUGCAAUCAAGGAAAGUGGCCUUUGAUCUCCAGGAUGAAUGACAAACUCAAUGGAGAGGGUGUGAUCGUGGAAGUGCAGGGCGAGCCCUUGCCUCUCCCAGACUUGAGCCAGCCUCUAACCACAACCACAGAAGAACCAUUCGAGGUCCAGAUCCUGGUGUGCAAGGAAGGCGAAACCGGACUUCUACCAAGCACCGCGAACUGUGAGGAGUUCUACCAAUGUGGAACCGACGGAAGCGCCACCAAAUUCCGAUGUAGCGACGGACUUAAAUUCGACGCCGAGAACGGCAUUUGCAAUUGGCCGGAUAACGUGGAUUGCUCAACCAGAAAUGGAGGUGCUCCCCAAAGCUACAGAUUGAACAAGUGCUCGUCUGUCCAAGAUGGACUCUACAGCGAUCCUGUGGCUUGCGAGAAGAUGUUCUGGUGUCAAAAUGGCAUUCAACAUAAGCUUUCCUGCCCUUUUGGACAAUUCUUCGACCCCGAAGCUGGAACUUGCAGCUAUUUCGCCAAGUUCAGAUGCCCUUCAGGCAAGAUGGUUAGGGUGGGAGAACUCAAUUAUCCAGCUCCAUCUAUUCAACGAUACCUCUUGCCUCAAUCUCAAACCUCGGCAUAUCGUCAGGGGAGAUCUACGUCCAACAAUGUGGUGUGCUACUUCGCCAAUUGGGCGGUCUACCGCGAUGGGGCGGGCAAAUAUGUACCUGAAAACAUUCCGAGCCAACUUUGUUCCCACGUGGUUUAUGCCUUUGCUCGAUUAGACGCCAAAACACACACGAUUGCUUUGUCAGAUGAGUUGCUGGAAAUCAGUCACGAUUAUUUCAAUCGUAUGGUUCGGGAAAGCAAAGCGAGAAACCCGAAGGUCAAGACCAUCUUGGCCAUUGGCGGUUGGGCCGAUUCGGCUGGAAACGCUUACUCGGUUCUGGUGAACUCGCCCUCGAAACGUCAAAACUUUGUCCGAGAGUCCAAGAAGUUUCUGAAGAGCUACGGCUUUGACGGAAUUUCGAUUGAUUGGCAAUAUCCAGUCUGUUGGCAAAGCGAUUGCUCAAAGGGACCCGCAUCAGACAAGCAAGGAUUUGCUGCCCUUCUCCAGGAAUUGAAAGAGGCUUAUGGUCCGAGUGGAUUGAUUGUCAUGACAUCCAUUUCUGGAUUCUUCCCCAUUUUGGAAAAGGCCUACGAUUUCCAAACCAUUGGUCAAAGCGCAGAUUUGAUCAAUGUCAUGACGUACGACUACCAUGGGUUUUGGGACGAAAAGGCCUACCAUCAUAGCCCUUUGAAGGCGACCAUAGGUGUCAGCGAGAAAAAGAGCGCCGAAUUCGCUCUGAACUAUGUCAGUCAGCAAGGCGUUCCUAAGGAGAAACUUCAAAUGGGAAUUGCCCUUUAUGGACAAGCUGUGGUCCUGAGCACGAUCAACAAUCAGGUGGGCGCUCCCAUUGUUCCUGGAAAACCAGCGUCCCCUGGACCCCACACCAUUCAAGGGGGCAUGUUGGCUUACCACGAAAUAUGCUCUGGAAUCAAAUCUCAACAAUGGACUAAGAACAACGGUGAUGAUCGAUAUGGCCCACACGCCUACUCUGGUCAAGAGUGGGUGAGCUUCGACGACCCAGACAUGAUGAAUACCAAAGGCCAAUUCAUCAUUGAAAACGGCUUUGGGGGAGCCACUCUCUUCACCAUUGAUUUUGACGAUUUCAACAACGAGUGUUGCCAAGGACCCAAUCCGAAUUUGAAUGCCAUCAGUCAAGUGCUCCGGGACUUCUCAUUGAACCCUCCAGCAGAUUGUACCAGCCCACCGCCCGUGGUCACUCCUCCACCACUGGAGGAGGGUUCCACCAAAUUUGACUCCUUUGGUCCCGAAUGGGUCCCAACCACCCCAUCCUAUCCAGAACCCCAGAACCCUGGUGUUACCGUCUCAACCACCGAUAGGCCCGCCACGAUCAAAACGACCACGGCGGGAACCGUGGUCCCAGAGGGAGGCUGCAAGAACGGCGCUUACUAUCCAGACCCCGCCGAUUGUUCCGGGUUUAUGCAAUGCGUCAACAACGAAUUGAACCCUCUCUUUUGCGGGGCACCCCUGCUUUGGAAUGACGUGCUCAAUAUUUGCGAUUGGGACUUCAACGUCAAUUGCGCCAAUCGAAGAAGAACCAGCCAGGAGUCUCUUACUGGGGGCUACCCUCAAGGAACUCUGGAUGAAUCUCAAGUAGAAAAUGAAGAUAAUGCAGAAAGUGAAGUAAUCGAAGAGAAAGUCGAAAUUAUCAUAGAUGAGACCAUUCCAUGCCAACCAGGCGUAUACGAAGGCGUUCCUGAGGAUUGCUCCGCCUAUAUCCAAUGCCUUGAUGGUAAGAGAAGAGUUCACUACUGUCCCGAGGGUUUGUUUUGGAACUUGGACAAGAUCACGUGCGACUUCAUGAGCAACGUUGAAUGCCAAGAUCACUCCAUCAAAGCUGACCGUCAAAUACUCCGUGCUGGCUAUCAGGAAUCGCCUUGUGGAGGUCCAGAGCUAAUCAGAGAUCCCAACAACUGUCAAGGCUACCUUCAGUGUGAUGGAGAAGGAUCGUACCUCUCAAGGUCUUGCGGUGCAGGACUAAAUUGGAACAAUAUUGUUUCUCUCUGCGAUUACCCAGACAAUGCUCCCUGUGAUGCUAGUCAACCUGAGGUGGGAGAUGUCAUGAGGCCUCAAAGCCCUGGACUGACUCCAGGAGAUACUACUACCACCACCACUACAACUCCUCGUCCCAUCAAUAAUGCUCCUUUGGAAGUAGUGGAACCGACUCAGGAUCAUUUGAGUGGGGAUUACAAGGUGGUGUGCUAUUUCACUAAUUGGGCCUGGUAUCGUCGAGGCGUGGGCAAAUAUCGCCCCGAGGACAUUGAUCCCGAGCUUUGUACUCAUAUUGUCUAUGGAUUCGCCGUUUUGGACUAUUCAAACAAGAUCAUCAAAACUCACGACUCGUGGGCUGACAUCGACAAUAAAUUUUACGAGAAGGUCGUCGGUCUGAAACAGAAGAACAAGAACUUGAAGGUCACUUUGGCCAUUGGUGGAUGGAACGAUUCUCAAGGACCCAAAUACAGUGACAUGGUCAAUAACCCCGCAUCGCGAAAACGAUUCAUCAAUCACGCUUUGGACUUCGUUGAGAAGCACGGUUUUGAUGGUCUUGACCUCGAUUGGGAGUACCCCAAGUGUUGGCAAACCGACUGCAACAAGGGGCCUGAUUCUGACAAAGAAGCUUUUAGUGCUUUGAUUAGGGAACUCAGCGAGGUGUUCAAGCCCAAAGGUUUGUUACUCUCGGCGGCUGUCAGUCCCAAUAAGAAGAUCAUCGAGGUUGGCUAUGAGGUGCCCCAAUUGGCUAAAUAUCUUGAUUGGAUUGCCGUCAUGAGCUACGAUUAUCACGGCCAUUGGGACAAGAAGACCGGACACGUGGCCCCCAUGUACGUCCAUGAGGACGAUGAAAUCGAUUACUUCAACACGAACUACACGAUUCAUUAUUGGUUGGAGGCCGGAAUACCCAAAGAAAAACUCAUCAUGGGAAUGCCCUUGUACGGCCAAGCAUUCUCCCUUCAAAACCCGUCCGAGAACGGCUUGAACGCUCCCGCUCCUCAAAAAGGACAAGCCGGGCCAUUCACUCAAGCGGCUGGAUUUUUGGCCUACUACGAGAUCUGCAACAUGGUCAAGAACAAAGGGUACACUGUGGUCGAGGACAAAUCUAGCCCCAAGACCAUGGGUCCGUAUGCCUUCCGGGACCGCCAAUGGGUGUCCUAUGAUGACGUGGCUAUGAUCAGAUACAAGUCGGAAUACAUCCGCAAGUUGGGGUUGGGUGGUGGAAUGGUGUGGGCUUUGGAUUUGGAUGAUUUCAACAACGUUUGUGGUCAAGGAGUUCAUCCUUUAAUGAAUACCAUCAAAAAAGUCCUCGGUCCCCAAAAGGGUGAAUACCCAGGAGUGAUUGAUGGCAGUGGCGACGAAAUGAUUGACAAUUGCGACCAAGACAACAAACCCGAAACCGGAAUGGAUGACCAAAACGAAAACAUGCCCGUAGAUAUAGAGGACAACAAUAUGUCUGGACAAUCCGAGUCCGAUUCAAACCAAGAGCAAUCCGAGGAAUAUAAAGUGGUGUGCUACUUCACAAACUGGGCGUGGUAUCGACAAGGGCCAGGGAAGUACUUGCCUGCCGAGAUUGACCCAUCGCUUUGUACUCACAUUGUCUACGGAUUUGCUGUAUUGGACUCCCAACGAUUGCUUCUCAAGCCUCACGAUAAAUGGGCCGAUUUUGAUAAUGAGUUUUACCAGAAAGUGACCGCCUUGAAAUCCAAGACCAGAAAGGUUCUCUUGGCUUUGGGUGGUUGGAACGAUAGUGCCGGUGACAAGUACAGUCGAUUGGUGAACAACCCGGCGGCCAGGGCAGCCUUCACAAAACAUGUGGUCGAAUUCCUCGAAGAGCACAACUUUGAUGGUCUUGACUUGGAUUGGGAAUAUCCCAAGUGUUGGCAGGUGGAUUGCUCGAAGGGACCCGAGUCUGACAAGCAUGCUUUCACUUUGUGGGUGCAAGAACUUAGCGUUGCUCUUAAAGCCAAGAACCUCCUCCUCACUGCAGCGGUCUCUCCCUCCAAGGCCGUCAUUGAAGAGGCCUACGAAGUCCAAGCUUUAUCCAAUGCCAUGGAUUAUAUCUCCAUCAUGACAUACGACUAUCAUGGGCAAUGGGAUAAGAAAACGGGCCAUGUGGCGCCAAUGUUCCACCAUCCCCUGAAUAGCAAUGAGUUCUACAACAUGAACUACACCGUCUUUAACUGGUUGGAAAAGGGCUUGGACAAGAAGAAAUUGAUUUUGGGCAUGCCCAUGUAUGGACAAUCCUUCACUUUGGCUGAUGCUAAUGAAAAUGGAUUGGCAGCAAAAUCUUACGGCGGUGGUGAAGCUGGACAUUCCACCCGAUCCCGCGGAUUCCUGGCCUAUUACGAAAUUUGCGAGAAGAUCAAUGAAAAGGGUUGGCAAGUGGUGCGGGAUCCCGAGAACCGCAUGGGUCCCUACGCCUUCAAAGGCGACCAAUGGGUGGGUUUCGACGACAUUGACACGAUUCGAUUCAAGAGUGAGUAUGUGAAACGCAUGGGAUUGGGUGGAGCCAUGAUUUGGGCUUUGGACCUGGACGACUUCAAAGGCUUGUGCGGCGGUGAAGACUAUCCGCUCUUGAAGACCAUCAACCGAGCAUUGGGAUAUCGCAACGAUGAACCCAAUUCCGAUAACGAGAUCAGCGGCAAAUUCCGCAUUCAAGAUGAAAUCGGCGUAUUCAGGGCAGAAUUCUCCCAAGGUUCCUACUCUGCUUGCAGCGGAGGUGGGUCAGCUAAGAUUCCUGGGAACUGUGCCGCAUUCCAAGUUUGCAUCAACGGAGAAUAUGUCACCCGCCCUUGUGCACCUGGUACCGUAUUCAAUGGAAACAUUUGUGAUUGGCCCAAUGACGAUGAACCCUGCAUGGAAUCAAACCAAGUAGUUGUAUCAAAUGAACCCGAGACGGAAGAGCCUGGAGAGCCCAUCCUUUACCCUGAUUACAACGAGGAUAGCAAUGGCCAAGGCUCUCCCAUUGUCACCCCCAUUCCCUCCACUAUCAGCACAACCACAAUUGCAUCAACCACAACCCAGAGCUCCUUUGUUCCCGGUCAUCCUGGCAUGGGAACAACCACAGACACGGGAAUGAAAGUGGUUUGUUACUUCACCAAUUGGGCCUGGUAUAGACCCGGCAUUGGAAAGUACGUCCCUGAGGACAUUGAUCCCAACCUCUGCACCCAUGUCAACUACGGCUUUGCUGUCCUGGACCCGGAUCGCCUAAUCAUUAAACCUCAUGACACGUGGGCGGAUAUCGACAGCGAAUUCUACAACAGAGUGAACGCCCUCCAAAAGAAAGGCGUCAAGGUCCUUCUUGCUUUGGGUGGAUGGAACGAUUCGGAAGGAAAUAAGUACAGCCGCAUGGUGAACAACGAGAGCCAUCGCAAACGGUUUGUUGAAGAGGCACUGAGGUUUGUUCAAAAGUAUUCCUUUGAUGGUCUGGAUUUGGAUUGGGAGUACCCCAAGUGUUGGCAAGUGGAUUGCGACAAAGGACCAAUUAGUGACAAAGAGAAUUUCGCCAAUUUGGUCAAGGAACUCAGUGCGGCCUUCAAGCCUCAUGGUUUGUUACUCACGGCGGCGGUAUCGCCCAGUAAGGCUGUUAUUGAUGCGGCUUAUGAUGUGCCAAUUAUCUCCCAAUAUUUGGAUAUCAUCAACGUGAUGACUUACGACUAUCAUGGGCAUUGGGACAAGAAGACGGGACACGUGGCUCCUCUUUUUGAUUACGAGGAAGCCACCUAUGGAUAUUUCAACACCGAAUUUACUAUGAAUUAUUGGAAGGAGCUUGGAGCUGAUUCCAAGAAACUGGUCUUGGGUAUGCCCAUGUACGGCCAGGCAUUCACUCUGAAUGAUGCUUCUCAGACUGGACUGAAUUCCCCGGGCACCAAGGGCAUGGCCGGCAUGCAAACCAGAGCCGCUGGUUUCUUGGCCUACUAUGAGAUCUGCAAGGCUAUUAAAGAGGAUAACUGGGCCGUCAAGAAACAUCCAGAGGGUUCCAUGGGACCGUAUGCCUUCAAAGGCAAUCAAUGGGUUGGCUUUGAUGACUCUGCUAUGAUCAGGAAGAAAUCUCAAUUCGUCAAAGACAAGGGCUAUGGAGGAGCCAUGAUCUGGGCCCUGGACCUAGAUGACUUCCGCAAUGUGUGCGGCUGCGAGCACUAUCCUCUAUUGAGAACCAUCAAUCGCGUUCUUCGGGGAUUGGCCACGCCAGACCCAAAAUGCGAUAUCCCAGAAUCGAACCAGGCUCUGCCACGAAUUCUUCCAUACCAGACGGCUGCUCAGUAUGGCUACCCUCAAUACAACCCCUUUUACAUGGAAACCAAUUCCUAUCUCUCACAUGGAGCUAGUAAUUCCAACAAGUACCCGUCCAAUCAAUUUCCCCUACAGUAUUCGGUCAAAUACUGAGGCAUUACUCAUUCGCUCAACAUACCUUGCAGGCGUGAAAUUUUCUUUUGUCCGGGAGCCUGUUGCAUUAUGCAUAAAUAUAAAUCAGACUGAAACUUA